AUACACAUAACUUCACAAAUUACAAAAUACAAAACCAAAAUAAUUAUAACCAUCUUUCUAUCUCCCCCUCCACUCUCUCUUUGCGGAAAUGGAUUCUCUUUCGAACGGGGCGGCAGCCGCAACCAUCGCCACUCGGACCACUCCAAUCACCACGACCGCUUCCCCACCGUCCUCAAAGCUGGCCCACCUGACGGAGUCCCUGAAGCUGGAGCACCAGUUCCUCCGGGUCCCGUUCGAGCACUACAAGAAGUCGAUCCGAGCCGACCACCGCGUCUUCGAGAAGGAGAUGUCUGCCGUUAUCUCCGGCGUCACUGAAGCCGCCGAUGCCGAUCUUUCUAAAGACGACGCCGUUCAUCAUCUCAGCUCGCUCGUGUCCAAACUUCAAGGGCUCAAAAGGAAGUUGGAAGAGGGAAGUCGUAUCGAGAACUUGCAAGCACAGAGGUGCCGUGCUCGCCUUGAUCAUUUGGAGUCAGCAGAUGUUGAGAAUUUGCCGGAUUGGAAUAAUACACGCUUGAAGCGGAUUCUUGUAGACUACAUGUUGCGAAUGUCCUAUUAUGACACUGCAGCGAAGCUGGCAGGAAGCAACAAUAUUCAGGAUCUUGUUGAUAUCGAUGUAUUCCAAGAAGCAAAAAAGGUUAUUGAUGCUCUUCAGAAUAAGGAGGUAGCUCCUGCCCUAGCCUGGUGUGCCGAUAACAAGUCAAGGUUGAAGAAGUCCAAGAGCAAAUUUGAAUUCCAGUUGCGACUUCAAGAAUUUAUAGAGUUGGUGCGAGCUGAAAAUAGUAUGCGAGCUAUAACAUAUGCUCGGAAGUACCUUUCACCAUGGGGUGCCACCCAUACGAAAGAGUUGCAGAGGGUCAUGGCAACUCUGGCUUUUAAAAGUAAUACCGAAUGUGCUAGAUAUAAGGUUUUAUUUGAACCCAUACAAUGGGAUUUCUUGGUGGACCAAUUCAAACAAGAAUUCUGCAGAUUAUAUGGCAUGACACUUGAACCUUUGCUUAAUAUUUAUCUGCAAGCAGGCUUGUCUGCUCUAAAAACUCCAUACUGUUAUGAAGAUGAUUGCACCAAGGAAGACCCUCUAUCACAGGAUAAUUUUCGGAAACUAGCGUUGCCUUUACCAUACUCUAAGCAGCAUCAUUCAAAGUUAGUUUGCUACAUAACUAAAGAGCUGAUGGACACAGAGAACCCUCCCCAAGUUUUGCCUAAUGGAUAUGUUUACAGCACUAAGGCUCUCGAAGAAAUGGCCAAAAAGAAUAAUGGUAAAAUCACCUGUCCAAGGACAGGUUUGGUCUGCAACUACUUAGAUCUGGUUAAGGCCUAUAUAUCAUAGGUCCUUAUAUUCAGGCCCGUUUGCUGAAUCAAAAUUGUUUGAGAAAAGGGGGGAGGGGGAGAAAUCUUGCAAUCAUAUCUGUCUAUGUUGCAGUUUAUUUCGUCUGCUGUAGAUAAUUCCUUUCAGCAAGAACACGAGACUUAUUUAAAAAAUUCCUGAUGCCUUGUUCCUGUGGUGGAGACUUGUAUAUAUAAUUUCUCAUAACAUUUGAUGAACUUUGCCUUUG